AUGGGCCUGCACACAAAGGCUCUGGCAGAUGCUGAGGAGGCGAUAGAGCUGGAUCCAGAUUAUCUCAAAGCGCAUGCGAGGAAGGGGCAGGCUCUGGAGAAGUUGGGAAGGGUGGAUGAUGCGCGCGCACACUACCAGCAAUGCAUAAACACCCUGAAGUACAACUCCCACUUCAAAGAGGCUCUUCAAAAACUUGAUGCAGCCCAGAGCUGA